AUGUUGUUUUAAUAUGAAUUUGUUACACUAAUUCAACCGUGCGUUACAUACAAAUGACUUUAAAAAUAUAAACAGUGAAUGUUGUGAACAGUACAAUCUGCUUGUUUUUUAACUACUUUUUUUAAUAUUAUUAUAGUCCUAUUCCCUUUGGGAUAAUAGCUAUGGAAGAAAAAUACAUACUGACAUUGGAUAUUGGCACAACUACAAUUCGCGCAUUUAUAUAUAAUGCUAGAGCAGAAACUGUAGGAAAAUCUACGGAGCAAGUUGUCCUUCAUUACCCCAGUCCGGGGUUUGUUGAAAUUGAUCCAGAUGAAUUAUGGACAUCUAUAGUGGCAGUAGUACAAAGAUCUUUUAAAGAUGCUGGUUUAAAUGCUAAUCAAAUAACAGCUAUGGGUAUCUCAACACAAAGAGGAACUUUUAUUACAUGGUCUAGGAAAACAGCAAAGCCUUUCCACCGGUUUAUCACCUGGAAGGAUUUGAGGGCUGAUAAACUGGUUAGACAAUGGAAUGAAUCAUAUACUUGGAAACUAGUAAGAGCCGGUUCCUACGUGCUCUACUUGAUAUUAAGAAGCAAAAGAUUUCGGGCUGGCAGUGUCUUAAAGUUUAUGAACACACAGACGACACUACGGUUAACAUGGGCUUUACAAAACAUUCUGGCUUUAAAAACAGCGGCUGAGAACAAUGAGGCGAUGUUCGGUUCUUUGGAUUGUUGGUUGCUAUAUAAAUUAACAGGUAAUAAAAUCCACAUGAGCGACGUGUCCUCAGCAUCAGCUACUGGUUUCUUCGAUCCGUUCACGAUGCAGUGGGCGGGAUGGGCACUCACAUUCUUCAAUAUACCAAUGUCAGCGUUGCCUACCGUUGUGGACACGGCCGGGGAUCAUUUUACCAGCACCUCUCCUUCAAUAUGGGGCCAUGCUAUACCUAUACGAAGUUGUAUGGCAGAUCAAACAGCAUCAAUGUGGGGUUCCUGCUGUUUCGAUGUGGGCGAUGUCAAGUUGACAAUGGGAACAGGCACAUUCUUUAACAUCAACACUGGGACGUCACCUCACGCCAGCGUUUCGGGCUUAUACCCUAUUGUGGGAUGGAGGCUAGGUGAAGAGUUGAUAUACUCAGCAGAGGGUGCUAACAACGACACCGCUUCUAUCAUAAAGUGGGCGCAGGCAUUAGGUUUGUUCAGCAAUCCCCAGGACACUGCUGAAAUAGCGAUGUCCGUGCCGGACUCAGAUGGUGUGUACUUUAUACCGGCCUUCAGCGGGCUUGGGCCACCCUAUAACGACGGGACUGCAGCGUCUGGAUUUAUUGGCAUGAAACCUUCUACAACACGUGCGCAUUUGGUGCGAGCCGUACUAGAGUCGCUCGCAUUUCGCACGGCGCAAUUGUACUCGUGCGUGCGCACAGAGACAACAAUACGUUUUACCAGCAUUAGAUUAGAUGGUGGGGUGUCCAAUAACGACUUUAUAGCUCAGCUAGUGGCAGAUCUGACCGGACUGCUGGUGGAGAGGCCAAUGGAUGUCGAAAUGUCCUCGCUUGGGUGUGCACAUAUCGUCGGUUUACAAUUAGGUUUAUGGGAAUCAAAAGAAGCUUUAAGGAAAAUACGCAGAGUCGGUUGUGUUUUUAAACCUCGGCCGCAAGUUAAAAAAUUGUACGAAGGACCUAUGGCUCGAUGGGAGGAUGCGGUGAAGAGGAUGUGCGGCUGGUAUGCCGAUAAUAAGUCCUUACAAUCCAUCGCGACCAUAUCAGAUUCUAGCAGUAACUCACUCACACCACAGAGCAGCUUUAAAAUCGCAGCGGAGAACAGAAAUGGCUCUUAUUGUAAAUAGCGGUGGCUUUUUUUUCUGUUGGCCUUUUUUAUCGUGUGCUUUCCAAUGUGCAGAUGAUAUUUGGCAUCUCAGUACCCAAAGGUGUUCAGUUGUUGGUAUGUUUGUAGAUUGUUAAAUUGGUUCAAGCUUUAUAUUUAAUACAUUCAAAGAUAUCUGCUAUUGAGAAUAGAGUAUCGUGGUAGGCUUGUUUCUCUCUAUGCAAUGAGCAUUGUGCACA